ACUGGGCUUGUAACCCCAAGAUCAAGAGUUCAAAUCUCACAAUGGCAAACUAUGAAACAAUGUAACUUCAUCUGAAUAGGAACAGACGGAAACGUGUUUGUACUCGAAAGAGUUACAAAACAUAGAUUCACAUCAACACAAGAACAGGAAGUGCUGAAAAAACUCACGAGAUCUAACAGCAUCUGUGGAGAGAAAAACAGAGUUAACGUUUCGAGUCCGUAUGAUUCUUCUUCAGACUCUUUCUCUAGAGUUGCAUGUAGGCUACAUCAGGACAGCAUGCAGUUUGCUGGAUUCUUCAUGUUCCUGAUUCUGGUGGGCUUAUGGCUCAUUAUCACAUCCAUAGGCAGGCGAACUCUCAUCAUUGACUUGAAUGAGGAUGCAUAUGAGUUCUACAUCCACCAUUACCUUCAGCACAAGGGCACCCUGGAUGAAAUCUACAUCAGGCUCAUGACCCAAAAAUCUGGACAGGGAAAGUUUUACUACAAGCUAAUCCUGAAUGGCACUUACAUUGAAGUACUAAGUCUGACUGGCAUCAAGUUCUCCACCAAUCCAGAGAAGCUUGAAAAGUUAGGGAUGAGACUGGCUGCCAAGUUAAACUUGAACUACUUUGAUUGUGUGGAUUUAUCAAGCAAACAUGUCAUCAAGCACUGGCCUCAGGACAAAGCCGAAGACACAACAAACGGAACAACGGGAGCCGUGUUGGGGACCCCGCAUUCCGGGGAUCGACUUCUCGGGAAAGAUGCCAAGCCCUCGGACAGGGCGCAGAGGGGGGUUCGCUGGAAGGGGGACCAGGAAUGAGGGAGGGGCUUCAGCCAUGCAGAGAGAGCAGGAAAACUGGGCAUCUGUAAAAGUGAUGAAGGAAUCAUCAGUGGAGCCACCAAGUGACACCUAAUCGAUACUGACCUGCUCAUCGAUGCUCAGUUCAGGCUUUGCCAGAAGUACCCAGCUCCAGACCUCACUACAAACUCAAUCCAGACAUAGAUCCAAAGCUGAAUGAUAGAGGAGAGAAUAGCUGUCCUCACCGCCAAGGGUGGGCCUCUCAAAAGCCCUGACAAGGUUGAUGUCAACGGGAAACCCAUCUCAUGACUAAAGUCAUACUUGAUGCAGAGUUAGAUUGCUGUGUUGUUUUGGUGCUUUUGUUACCUCUGGACAAUCCUGGGAGGCCUCCCAUCUCCUACCCUCUGGAAACUUGAAGUCAUCCAAAACUCUGCCGCCUAUGUCCUAACUUACGCUGAGCUCCACUCACCUAUCACCCACCGUGCUU